AUGUCCGACGACGAGUUAGACGCCGCGAGUCUUGCGGAUCUGACUGCCAGUAUCGAUGAGGCGAUGGAGAGACGCAGCUCAGCUCCUGCAUCCCGCACAACCUCACGAGCGUCAAACCGCGAUCACCUACACCCUCUCCACAACGUGAACUUGCCGUUGCAUAUUAAGGAAUGCGACGAGUUUACUCUUCCUCAGCCUUAUCGACCGAGUCGCCAAAUACCUCUCUCACCACAUCCGACCGAGCAGACUCGCGGACAAGAUGCUUCAUCCGACGUCACACCAGAUAAGCCAAAGCCACAAGAGUCAGGCACUUAUGUCACCGCACACAGAACGUUUCUUCGCAUGUUAAGCGGUGCCCUUCGCCCUUCAGACUCCUCAUCCCUUUGCAUGAAUCUCUUGAUCAUCAUGACCAUCUUCGUCUUUGCCAUCGUCGCUUUCAUGGGCAUCAAAGGCAGCAUAAUCGACAUUAAAAACUCCCACACGUUCAACUUCCCCGAAUCGACCAUCCCGUCGUCUCUGCCCUCUGUCAUCCGCCAUGUCGAUAGCUGGGGCCCCGCACUAGAAGUCGCGGCCAACGAUCUUAGACAGCUGGGGGAGCAAGCAAAGGACACAAACCAGGCGCAGUUACCGACAAAGGAAGCCAGAAAGCUGCAAAACUUCAACGCCGAAUUUGAAGCCCAGCUAGCAAAGUCUCUUGGUCAGGGUCGAGAUGAUAUCAGGUGGCUAAUCAACGAGAUCAAAGAGAACCCUAUCAGUGAUGCAUGCUGGGGCGAGGACCAUGGGUCUUGGUGGUUUCUGGACCAAUUCUGGAUCGACCCGUGCAAAGAAAGGCUAUCCCAACAACACAAAGUCCUGCUGGGAACAUUCCAAGAAGCACACAAGUCUUGA